UUGAGUGAUGGCCUCUGCUGCCUUCCAGAUCUUGGGCAUGGCCCUAUCCGUGGUGGGAUGGAUCGGUGCGAUUGUCACAUGUGCCCUGCCCAUGUGGAAGGUCACAGCUUUCAUCGGCAACAACAUUGUGACCGCUCAGAUCACCUGGGAGGGGCUGUGGAUGACCUGCGUGGUGCAGAGCACAGGCCAGAUGCAGUGUAAGGUCUACGACUCCAUGCUGGCCCUGCCUCAAGACCUACAAGCUGCCCGGGCCCUCAUGGUCAUCUCGGUGCUUCUGGCCGUCCUGGGCCUCCUGAUAGGCAUCGUGGGAGCCAAGUGCACCAACUGCGUGGAGGAUGAGAGCGCCAAGGCCCGGAUCAUCGUCGUCUCGGGUGCCAUCUUUGUGGUGGCGGGAGUCCUGUGCCUGAUCCCUGUCUGCUGGUCUGCCAACACCAUCAUCCGUGACUUCUACAACCCGGUGGUGAUGGAGUCUCUGAAGAGAGAGCUGGGGGCUUCCCUCUACCUCGGCUGGGCGGCCGCCGCCUUGAUGACCUUUGGAGGGGCCCUGCUGUGCUGCAACUGCCCCAAGAAGGAUGCCAACAACUACAGCGCCCGCUACACGGCAGCCGCCUCCCAGCCCCGCAGCGAUUACCCCAGCAAGAACUACGUCUAG